UGCUGAAUGAAUCACAUAGAGAGAGCCAAGUGCCUGCUCCUGUAGUAGCACACUGGAAAGUCUCCCCCCCAGCACUGCUCCUUUUCCUCCUCCCUCAGCACAGACCCUGGAUCUCCCCUUCCCACCCCCAGACACUUACAGAAAGCAGAGGGGAGAGGAAGGGGUGGCCUGCAGGAGGAGCUGACCGGGCUCUUGACACAUGACUAGGAGGAACAGCAGUGGUAACUGCAGAAGAGGGAUGGCAGGGGGAAGCAGAGGUAAGACCCAGGCAGCAGCAUCCUUCUGCCAGGCCUGGGCACUCUGCCUGGCAGCAGUCACUCUCUCUCAGCUGGUGGAUGGGAGGGAAGCCACAAAGGACUGGACACGGGAGAAGUAUUCCCACCAACCAAAUAUUUUAAAUUCUACCAGUAUCCAGCAAAUUGCAGCAAACACAAAUGUUUCUCUAAUGUGGCAAAGUGAUUUGCACCCUAUGCUGAUAGAGAGAUACUCAGGAUCACCAGGAAAUUAUGCUGUGCGUCAGCAUAUCAAGCACCGUCUUCAAAGAUUACAGGCUGGCUGGGUAAUUGAAGAAGAUACGUUUCAGAGAUACACACCCUAUGGAUAUCGAACCUUUUCAAAUAUCAUUAGCACCCUCGACUCCACUGCCAAACGCCAUCUGGUACUUGCUUGUCACUACGACUCAAAAUAUUUUGGCCCACAAUGGGAUGGCAGAGUGUUUGUGGGGGCCACAGACUCAGCAGUGCCCUGUGCUAUGCUGUUAGAGUUGGCACGUGCCCUGGACAGCCAGCUUUAUGCAAUGGAGAACAGCUCCACCUCCAGACCAGAUCUUUCACUUCAGCUCAUUUUCUUUGACGGUGAAGAAGCCUUUGUUCAAUGGUCGCCUUUUGAUUCUCUCUAUGGAUCUCAACACCUAGCUCAGAAAAUGGCAUCUACACCACAUCCACCUGGUACCACUACCACAAGCCAGCUACAAGGCAUUGAUCUACUUAUAUUACUGGAUUUGAUUGGUGCACCAAACCCCAUUUUUCCCAAUUAUUUUCCAAAAACUGCCCGGUGGUUUAACAGGCUUCAAGCAACUGAACGAAAGUUACAUGGGUUGGGUUUGCUGAAGAAUCACCCAUUUGAAAGGCAGUACUUCCAGGGUAACUCACAUCAAGGCAUGAUUGAGGAUGACCAUGUUCCAUUUUUAAUAAGAGGAGUUCCUGUGUUGCACCUGAUCCCAUCCCCUUUCCCUUCAGUAUGGCAUACCAUGGAAGACACCGAAGAAAAUCUUGACAAAACCAUCAUUGAUAAUCUCAACAAAAUCCUGCAAGUGUUUGUGCUGGAAUAUCUUAAUCUGUAAUAACAUACUGGCACUAAAUUACUGCUCUGUUUUAAAUACUGCUACCAGCCCUCCGGGGAAAUUCUUCAUCAUCUCAUUUGGCUCCAAGUGUGGUAGAGAGCACUAAAGCAAGGGUGAUACAGCAACAACUCCCUGCUCUCCUUGCCUGCAUACUCCAGUGAAGUCAGAUAAAACAUAACGUCUAAACAAGAAUUACUGCCAGCCUGGAAAGAGCAGGGUCCUGCAUGUCUGAUGAACAGAAGAGAGGGGAAUUACAUUUUUCAUUCCCCCUGUUUUGUAGUCAACACUUUAAAACUAAACGGAAUCAGCCUCUGUCUAUUUUAGAAUUUAGUUACUUCUACUUUGCAAAAAACUGUAAGCUUCUUAGUGUCCAGAGCAGGUUACCAUAGUUAGAGCAUGUUAUCAUCAUAAGAGGCUAGAUGACAAGAAAGCACAUGCUGCUCUCAGUGCGAGGCAUGCCUUUAAUUCCUGGUUGGCAGAGGGAACUCUGUCAGACCUUUAGGAAAUGGAGCACAUGCUCUGUAAAUAGAUGGCAGGCUAUGCUGAAGCAAGGGAAGAGCCAUGUUCUCGGUCCAAGAAGGUGCUAGCAGAACCCAUCAGACCACUUUAUUAUUGCAACCCAAAGUGAAAUCUGAAUGGAUCGCAUAUUGGUUGGCUACAUUUUUUUAAAAAAGGUUUUGUAUACAGGUUUAAAUAAAAUGCAAUGAGAAUAAUAAUGCACACAGAUGCUGCACUGCUGCCGCUUGCCAUGCCCCCGCACUGCAUCUAGCCACUCGCCAUCCCCAUCCUCUCCCCCUGCCCCCUGGUAGUACAUUUAUUAAAAAGGGGGCUGCCAGGGAUACGCUUAUUAAAAAAGGUUGAAAACCCCUGAUCUAAAGGGUUAUUUUCCAGUUUUGGCCAUAUCUUGGGCUGUGGUUCAAAAAGCUCACUUUUACACAGUCCAAUAUUUUUGUUGUUAUAAAAAAAAAACCCAGAAAAAAACCCCCCACCCUUGUGGCUGCCUAUAAGUUCAUCAUGGGGGCACAGAAGGGAAUUGGUGAGUAUUUAUUCACCAAGGCACCCCCGUGGGUUACAAGAAAUAAUGGCCACAAGCUAGCAGAGAGCAGAUUUAGAUUGGACAUUAGGAAGAACUUCUUCACAGUUCGAGUGGCCAAGGUCUGGAAUGGGCUCCCAAGGGAGGUGGUGCUCUCCCCUACCCUGGGGGUCUUCAAGAGGAGGUUAGAUGAGUAUCUAGCUGGGGUCAUCUAGACCCAGCACUCUUUCCUGCUUAUGCAGGGGGUUGGACUCGAUGAUCUAUUGAGGUCCCUUCUGACCCUAACAUCUAUGAAUCUAUGAAAACAAAGCAAACAACACUGCACCAGAAAUUUGUAAGAAGCACUAACAAGUCCCAGUACUGUUUUCAGGCCAAAAUUACAACCCUGAAACCUGAAGAUGAAGAUAAUUCAUUUUCACUGCCCAAAUGAACAGAAAUGCAAAAGGUUAAAAAAAAACAACAAAAAACUUGUGCUGUUGAAGUGGAAAAAAAUUAAGUCACUUCUCAUAAGACAAGUGAGAAUUUUUUAAUGUGGUUUUUAAAUUUCACAUUAUCCUAUCCUGGAUGCAAUCUCUAAAACAGAGCACAAUAAUUUUAAAUUUAGAUUUUUUUUUAAAUGUAAAAUGUUAUUUGGAGUCUUUGCUAUUUGAUAUUGUAAUCACUGACACUUGAAUACUGAAAUGUUAUGCUUUAUGUCUGAACAGUAUAAGACAUAUACACAGCCAGUAGGCAAAAAAAAAAGGUAUUUACAAAAUGGAAAUAUAUAAAAAUAUAAACAUGAA